AAUCCUUGAUUUGGCGCCUUGUUUUGUGUUUUGGCGGUUUUAAUGUCCAUAAAGCACAUACUUUCUCCUUUUCUCCGUCUGUUUGGCGGUUGUAUUUCAACAGCAAGCAUACAUACAUACAAAAUUUCAUUUUUAUAUUUAUAUUUCAAUCCUUUGAAAAAAUCUGUUCGUUAGAACACAUUAAUUAAUUAACCAAGACUUUGUUUUAGCAUUUGUUUUAGCAAGAAAUAAUGGAUUCUAUCUACCAAUCUACUACUUCAAGGAGCCUUCAAUCGACUUCAACAAGUUCUGAAUUUGUCUCAGGAGCCUGCCACCUCUGCAGCAAAAUAUUUAAAAAUGUAAAAUUACGAAAUCGUCAUAUCAAAAGAAUACAUAAAAUAGAUGUGUCAAUUAAGAAAAUUGAUCAUAUUGUUUGUCCGUUAUGUGAGCAAGAAACUAGUUUACAAACCCAUGAGAACUUAUGAAAACAUAUUAAGGAGAAUCACCAGGUGAGUAUUGAACUAAUAACUUUGGAAUUUUCUAGCAAACAAGAAUAUGAGACAUGGAAAGAUAUGCAGAAAAUUGAGACCAGUUAUGCAACAUCUCGAACAGUUAAUGCAAAGGAACACAAGAUCUUAUACUAUGAGUGUAACAGAAGUGACACAUAUGGAUAUAAGCCCCACUCUAAAAUUAGGACAGAGAAAUCUGGUGGAUCAAUUAGAAUUAAAGGGGUGUGUCCCUCCAGACUAAUUUGUAAACUGACAAAUCAAGGACAAGUUUCGGUCAGUUAUUGGAAAACACAUGCUGGACAUAAAGAAGAAUUAAGAGCCAUACAUCUGUCAAAAGCAGAAGAAAAAACGAUUGAAGAAAAAUUAAUGGCUGGGGUGCCACCCAGUAGAAUUUUACAAGAUUCAAGAAAAUUGGAAAAACCACAACUAGAUACACUUGCCCUAUUAACAAGUCAAGAUCUCGCAAAUUUAUCCAAGAAGUAUAAUGUACACAAGAAACGAGAUCAAAAUGAUAUGGUAGCAACAACCUUAAAGGUUCAGGAAUGGAAUGCUAACAACAAGAAUUAUGCUUUCUUAUUUAAGAAAGAAGAUGAUGCUGCAAGGUGUUUGGGAGAAAGUUCAAUUAUCAAAUCAAACCAUGAGGAGGAAAUUAAUGAAUUUAUCAGAGAGAAACUAGAACAGACAAAUGUGACCCAGGAAAAAACCAAAGGAAGUCUUGAAUUACAAAAUGAAAUAAAAAAUGAAAUGGAAGCCUUAAAAAAUGAAAUGGAAGCCUUAAAAAAUGAAAUGGAAGAUUUAGAUGACACAAGUUUAACAAAAUUACGUGACGAAUUAGGAGAACCAUGCAAGUAACAAAGCUCAAGGCGAAGGAAAACUGUCAAGAAAACGCGAAGAACAUUAUGACAAAGCGAAAAAUGGAGAAGCAGGAGUACUUUCCUUCCAAGAAAAAAAAAUAACUGAUAAACAUUAAAUUUGAUUAACAAAUUUUUGUAGCUAACAUGUAUUUUUUGUUUUAUAACUGUAUCGAAUUUUAUUAUAGUUUUAAAUAAAGCCCUUUUAAUGAAUGCUGUUAUUUGUAGCCUUUUGUAUUAGUGUUAUAUGUAUUUUUAAAUCUGGAUGUACUGGGUCCUAGGCGAGGUUUAGAGGGGUUUUACCUAUGCCAUUGCAUCAAUAAGGCCCCCCUCCUUCCAGAUUUUUAAUAAAAAAUGAAAAAAAUUUAAACAG